CACGUCCGCCUGCCCUUUCUCUCCGUGCGCGAGCUCGACAGUCCAAAGUAUAAAGUAGCGCGAGCGCCUUAACUGGGGAGAAAAGUCUAGUCUGUAGAGAGGGACACGCACGGAACCGCACACACGCGUGCAGACACAUACCGAGCAGCAGAAGGGAACACAGGCCCAGGUGUGUACAUGUACACACGGAAAAGUCGACAUCUUUCCGAGUGAAUCCCGAACAUGGAGCGGGAGUCAUGGGUCUAACGCGCAGAGGACUUGAAAUGGGCGGUCUGCUGGUGCUCGUACUGCUGCGGAGCUGCCUGCUGUCGGCGGUUGACGGCACACCUCUCCUCCUCUUUGCCAACCGGCGUGAUGUGCGGCUGGUAGACGCGGAGGGCAUACGGGGUGAGUCGGCCAUUGUUGUUAGUGACCUGGAGGAUGCAGCAGCCGUGGACUUCAUGUAUGCUGAGGGCCUGAUAUUUUGGACAGAUGUCAGUGAGGAGGCCAUCAAACAGACACACUGGAAUCAGUCAUCCAACUCCCUUAAAGAGGCACUGGGAACUGGUCAGACUGUGGUAGUAUCAGGGCUGGACAGUCCUGACGGGUUGGCCUGUGACUGGUUGGGUAGAAAGCUCUACUGGACAGACUCAGAGACCAAUCGGAUUGAAGUAGCCAACCUGGAUGGCACGUCCAGGAAGGUCCUCUUUUGGAUGGACCUGGACCAGCCCAGGGCUAUUGCUCUCAACCCUAAUCAACGUUAUAUGUACUGGACAGACUGGGGAGAGGAGCCCAGGAUAGAACGUGCUGGUAUGGACGGCAGCAACAGGAAAGUUAUCGUGGACGUGGACAUAUACUGGCCCAACGGUCUGACGAUAGACCUGGUGGAACAGAAGCUGUACUGGGCAGACGCCAAACUCAGCUUCAUUCACAGAGCCAACCUGGAUGGAUCAGCACGGGAAACAGUGGUGGAGGGGACCUUGACCCAUCCUUUUGCACUAACACUGUCUGAGGAGACCUUAUACUGGACUGACUGGCAGACUCGCUCCAUCCACGCCUGUAACAAACACAAUGGAGACAAAACCAGAGAGAUCCUGAGUGGGAUUUACUCUCCUAUGGACAUCCAGGUCCUGGAGCCGUAUCGACAGCCCUACAUCCAGACUCCCUGUAGUGACAAUAAUGGAGGCUGUAGUCAUCUCUGUCUACUCUCCCCAGUCCAACCAUUUUACAGCUGUGCAUGCCCCACCGGAGUCCAGCUCAAACCAGAUGGAAAGACAUGCAAACCAGGAGCAGAGCAGGUUUUGCUUCUGGCUCGACGGACUGACCUGAGGAGAAUCUCACUCGACCUGCCAGAUUUCACUGACAUUGUGCUCCAGGUUGAUGACAUUCGCCAUGCCAUAGCUAUAGACUAUGACCCAGUUGAGGGUUACGUAUAUUGGACAGAUGAUGAGGUUCGUGCCAUUCGGCGAUCCCACAUUGAUGGCAGCAAUGCCAUGAUGCUGGUUACCACAGAGAUCAACCACCCAGAUGGCAUCGCUGUGGACUGGGUGGCCAGGAACCUGUACUGGACUGACACUGGCACUGACCGCAUUGAGGUCACAAGGCUCAAUGGAACUUCUCGAAAAAUUUUGAUUUCGGAGAACCUGGAUGAGCCCAGGGCCAUCGUGCUGGACCCGGUUAAUGGCUACAUGUACUGGACUGACUGGGGAGAGCAUCCCAAAAUUGAGCGGGCCAACCUUAAUGGAAUGGACCGGGUGGUUCUACUCAACAGCUCACUGGGCUGGCCCAAUGGACUGGCUAUAGAUUACGCUGCAGGGAAACUAUACUGGGGAGAUGCCAAAACUGACAAGAUAGAGGUGAUCAACGUGGAUGGCAGUAACAGACAGACUCUGCUGGAGGACAAACUGCCUCAUAUCUUUGGCUUUACUCUGCUCGGUGAUUACAUCUACUGGACUGACUGGCAGAGACGCAGCAUUGAGAGGGUCCACAAAGCCACGGCAGUACGAGAGAUCAUCAUUGAUCAGCUGCCAGAUUUAAUGGGGCUGAAAGCCACUAAAGUGACAGAAACAUACGGUACAAAUGGCUGUGCGGUGAAUAACGGCGGAUGCAGCCAUCUGUGUUUCUGGUGUCGUCAGGCUGUCAGCUGUGCCUGUCCCAUGGGAAUGGAGCUUCUCUCAGACCUGCAGACUUGUGUGGUGCCAGAGGCCUUCCUGCUCUUCACCAACAGGGACAACAUCAGGAGUAUCUCUCUGGGUACCAACAGCAACGAUGUGGCCAUUCCUCUGACAGGAGUUAAAGAGGCCUCUGCUCUCGACUUUGACGUGUCUGAAAGAAGAAUUUACUGGACCGACAUACAGGCCAAGACAAUCAGCAGAGCGUAUAUGAAUGGCAGCUCUGUAGAACAUGUCAUAGAGUUUGGACUGGACUACCCAGAAGGCAUGGCAGUUGACUGGAUGGGUCGUAACAUCUACUGGGCUGAUACAGGCACUAACCGCAUUGAGGUGGCCCGGCUGGACGGCCAGUACCGUCAGGUUCUGGUCUGUAAGGACCUCGACAACCCGCGCUCACUGGACAACCCCCGAUCUUUAGCACUGGACCCUGCCAAUGGCUACAUGUACUGGACAGAGUGGGGUGGUCGACCUCGUAUAGCUAGAGCAUACAUGGAUGGCAGCACCAUUACGACCCUUGUGGAUAAAGUGGGCCGGGCCAACGGACUGACCAUCGACUAUGUAGACCAUCGACUCUACUGGACUGAUCUGGACACGUGUAUGAUCGAAAGCACUAACAUGCAAGGCCUUCAGAGGGAGAUAAUAGUGGAUGACCUCCCUCACCCCUUUGGUCUGACUCAGUACCGGGAUUUUAUCUACUGGACAGACUUUAACCUGCGCAGUAUUGAACGGGCUGACAAGCGCAGCGGGCUCAAUCGCACUGUGGUGCUGCAGGGCCAGCUGGAGCUGAUGCUUGACAUCCUGGUCUUCCACUCCUCCCGUCAAGAGGGUACCAACGAGUGCUCACAUAACAACGGCAACUGUGCCCACCUUUGCCUCGCCACACCUGCUGGUGCCCAGUGCCGCUGUGCCUCCCACUACACUUUGAACACUGAUGGACGAAACUGCAGCUCUCCCUCUAGUUUCCUGCUGUUCAGUCAGAAGGCCAGUAUUAGUAGGAUGGUUUUGGGGGAGCAGAGUCCUGACAUCAUCCUGCCCAUCCACGUCUUAAGGAAUGUCAGAGCUGUCAGCUAUGACCCAUUGGACCGAUUGGUGUACUGGCUGGAUGGACGACAGAACAUACGCAGGGCCAGGGAUGAUGGAGCCAUGUCAUCCAUGAUUGCAAGCAGCAGUGUUCAGCCAGUGGACAACCAGCUUCAUGACCUGAGCCUGGACCCCUACAGCCGCCAUGUGUACUGGACCUGUGAGACAACCAACACCAUCAACAUCCAGAGGAUGGACGGACACACCGUGGGCGUGGUCCUGAAGGAUGACACCGACAAGCCACGGGCCAUCGUGGUCAAUGCUGAGAAAGGGUAUAUGUAUUUCACCACUGUGCAGGAGCGCUCGGCUAAGAUCGAAGGAGCCAGUCUGGACGGGACAGAGAGAGAGUCUCUGUUCACCACUGGUCUGAUCAGACCUGUUGCUCUAGCUCUGGACAUUAAACUGGGAAAACUGUUCUGGGUUGACGCUGACCUCAAACGCAUCGAGAGCAGUGACCUGACAGGAGCCAAUCGCAUCGUCCUCCAGGAUUCCAACAUUCUUCAGCCAAUGGGGCUGACUGUUCUGGGAGAUCAUCUGUACUGGAUCGACCGGCAGCAGCAGAUGAUAGAGAGGGUGGACAAACUGACUGGAGAUGGACGUACACGCAUACAGGGACGGAUAUCAUACCUGACCUCCAUCCACGCGGUGGAGGAAAUGGAUCCACAGGAGUUUGAAUCCCACCCGUGUUCCCGUGACAAUGGUGGCUGCUCUCAUAUCUGCAUUGCCAAGGGUGACGGCACACCUCGAUGCUCCUGUCCCAUGCACCUGGUGUUAUUGCAGGACCUGCUGCACUGUGGAGAGCCUCCCACCUGCUCCACAGAGCAGUUCACCUGCUCCACGGGGGAGAUCGACUGUAUUCCUAUGGCAUGGCGUUGUGAUGGCUUCCCUGAAUGUGACGACAGCAGUGAUGAGGAGAACUGCCCUGUGUGCUCAGCCUUCCAGUUCCAGUGUGAUAAAGGAGGCUGCAUCGAUGCUCAGAGGCGCUGCAAUGGUGAACCUGACUGUGCUGAUCACUCUGAUGAGCAGGAAUGUGAAACCAUCUGCCCUCCUAACCAGUUUCGCUGUGGUGACAACCAAUGCAUCACCAAGAAACAACAGUGUGACAAUUACUCUGACUGUCCUGAUGGAUCUGAUGAGCUUGCCUGUGAGUACGUGUCUCCACCCUCCAGUGGCAUCCCUAAUACUGGGCCUAACACCAUUGGCCCAGUCAUUGCAAUCAUCCUGCUUGUGUUUGUGAUUGGGGGAGCUUAUUUUGUCUGCCAGCGUGUGGUGUGUCGACGCUACAAGGGUCCUAGUGGGAGUUUUCCUCAUGAGUACAUCAGUGGUACGCCCCAUGUGCCCCUUAAUUUCAUUGCCCCCAGCAGCUCACAGCAUGGUACCUUCCAAGGUAUUUCCUGUGGGAAGUCCAUCAUGAGCUCAGUGAGCCUAAUGGGCAGCAGCAGCAGUGGAGCUCCGCUCUAUGACAGGAACCAUGUGACUGGAGCCUCAUCCAGCAGUUCAUCAUCUACCAAGGGUGCCUUCUACCCUCAGAUCCUGAACCCUCCUCCAUCCCCGGCUACUGACCGCUCUCUGUACAACACAGAGGUCUUCUACUCCUCCAACAGUCCGUCCACCACCAGAUCCUACAGACCCUACCACCCAGUCCGUGGUGCAGCCCCACCUACUACUCCCUGCAGCACUGAUGUCUGCGACAGCGACUACACCCCCCAUCACCCGCCGGCCGGGCUGGCAUCGUCAACCCCCUGCUGGAAGGCUGUGGCCCAUGGCGGCCAUGGCAAACACAAUAAGUACUACAUGGACCUUAACUCAGACUCGGACCCCUACCCUCCACCCCCAACCCCACGCUCCCAGUACCUGUCAGCUGAAGAGAGCUGCCCCCCAUCCCCUUCCACAGAGCGUUCCUACUUCCACCUGUGCCCCCCUCCUCCCUCGCCCUGCACCGACUCCUCGUGACCCCCCAAUAGCCCAGGAGCCCUGUGAGGAAGGAAGGGAUGAAGCCCACCUGCUACAAGAACUGGCCUCGUCUGGCCCACUUUACCAGGGAAAGAACUCAUGUGCCAACUUCCAGCCCUGACCGGCUCACACAUGCUGCUUUACUUUAUCUGGUUACGCUCCAGGUCCCUAUGUCCCACAUCGGUCAUUUCAUCAUUCCAGUCAUCCUCUCAGAGUGACCAUCAUCUGAUCAGUUCUGUCUGCCUUCCACACCCUGCUCAAACAUUCACUCACGGCAAGUUGAAGAGAUGAUGAGUGAACACAGCCAGCAGCUCCCUCGAGAUUUUCAUUCCAUCAGUAAAAGAAAACUUCCUUUGCUGCGCCACUUCUUAAUCACAAAAAAACGUUCAUGUGAUCAAAUAAAAGCCUUUAUCCUCACCUCAUGCUGCUCCUGACCUCCAACUCCAACUCCACUCUCACUGAAAGAGUCACCAGUGGGCACUGGUGUUGUAUGAAAACCAGAAUGAGUCCAAUGCCACAAAAUAUUUGUUAAGAUUGAGGUGAAGGCAUGGAAACACCAUUUGUUCUCCUCCUUUUCUCACAAAAUCCAAAACAGUGGCAGGACUGUAUAUAGUGUUAAAAUAAUAUGAACAAAAAUAAAUCAAAGGAAAUUAUUUUGCUAUUUUAUUCACUUUGGCUGAUCCACCACUCCACACAAAACUAAGGACGGAUAAUUAAGUUGAUGUAUAAGUGAGUGAAUGAGUGAUAGAUGACUGGACAGCUGUGUACCUGAGCAGGUUUGAAUGUUACGCUUGAUGUAGGACUUUACUGUAGAUACGUGUAGAUGAUGACUGAAUGAAUUUGUACAAGUGUAAAUGAAUGAGUGGAUGGAUGCAAUAGGGCCAAGUGUGAAAUCUUUUGUGUAUUGUUUUGAAAUGGUGUCCUCACAUUUCAUUUCUUCCCCUGCUGAUCUGCCAGUGGGUCCUUCUUCAUCCCAUCAAAUCAGCGCAUUGACGACAAUAUACCAAAUGAAUAUCAACAUGUAAAGCUAUUGUACAUAUGUGUAAUGAAGUCAGUGAUUAAGUUGUGAGAAGUGAAUGCUUUCAUUGUGAAUCUGAACCUCUUCCAUCACAUUUACAUGACCCUCAUCGUCCCAUUUACCAAAAGUAUGUUUGCUGCUAUUGUGUACAUACUCUUAUCAGUUACUCUGAUUAUGAUUACACAGAAAUCCCAAAAUUACCACUCUCAUAUGACAAUAGAUCAUGAAGCUAUUUUACAGUUAAUAACAGAUUAUUCUUAUAACAACAUUUUGUUCUUUGUAUUUCUGUUUGUUUGUAGAUCAUUAUGUAUGUUUCUAUGUCGUCGCCAUGUUUGGUUUGAAGGAGUCUUUUUGGAAAUUGAGUGUUUGAAAGAGUUCCCACUCACACGUUAUCCAGAGCUGUUCCACAAAUCAGCUCAUGGUCACAGCGUGCUUCAGAUCAAUCUCUCUCCAUGAACUCUUUACAUGAUGACCCCACCUACUUCUACACCUCCAUACACCUGGCCACCUGACUGUCUGUUUGAGCCUGUCAGGCACCUGGUUUGAAGCCGGCUGAGGCCUUAAAUUGUGCAGUUGCUCACCAUCAGUACAGUGAACCUGAAUAGGGAACACUGCUGUGGAGUUAUCCAGCAGCUCGCCAACAACAGAAUCAAAGUCAAGUUUGACUUCAAAGUUUGACUCACAUGGUCCGUAUUGUUUCACCAUCUCACAUUUUGCAACUCCAGGACAGAUUUCUAUUACUCUUCAGAUACGGGUAUCUCAUAAUGCAGUAGAUGAGAAGCACCUCCAUGCUCCUAAGUUUAUUAUUUCAGUUAAGUUAUUAUUUUAAAAAAAACGUACACUCAGAAUCAGUUGGCAGUAUAAUGAAGUCACUGUACAUGUUUGACUACAAGUGGUUUUAGUCUGAACAAUCAGCACUGGGAACAGACUUUAAUAUCAAAAUCAUCAUCAGCAUGUUGUUCCCAAAACUUUUGGAACAUCACACGUACUGCAGCCUUUAGGGGGUGCCAUCUUUUAAUACGCGAACUGGUGCAGCAGGUCUUCUGUUAUUUCCUCACCUCUGAGGUCUGCUUAUAAAAAAGCCAGUAUUUCUCAUGGUACUAUUGAGGUCUUUGGACCUCUUAAUAUCAAGUCUGCUAUGUGGAGAUAGAUGGUUUAUCCAGCACUUAUAAUUAUUAUUAGACUGUAAAGGCAUCAUCACAGGGCCGAGAAUCUGAGAAGGCCUCGUGAUAUUUUAUGCACUUAGAAAAAAAAGAUUAGUUUUUUGUGCCUUUCACCUGGGCUGGAGUUUAACAGAAAGGAACAUUUCUGUCACCUGUUAGUGCAUUCCAAUCCUCCAAGAACCAAAGGUGAAUGCAGCCAUGACUUAAUGAGUCUGUCUCUUCCAGAACAAUCAGUGAUGGCCACUGAGUCUAAAGAGGUUCCUCUUUGUUUGAACAUUGUAGUUCCUAAUAGGAGAGUAUACCAGCACUUUGAAACUUAACUGGUUACUGUUGCCUAAUGGAUCAUUUUCCUGCCAGCUGACGUCACAGCUAAUCUGGAAUCUGGCUGGAGAGUAUGUGUGAGUGGGAACUCUCUGAGCAGCAAACUCAUUUUGAUUAAGGGCUGUAGGCCUCAAACCACUGUCAGUACAACUCCUUAAAUCCUGUAUUUGUUGUCUCAGCUAAAAAUGCUUUGUGUAAUUUACACUUGUGACAUUUUUUUUAUCAAAAGCAUUUUUAUAUAAUAAAGGUUCUAUUUUAAGGAA